AAAGAUGGCGGCGAUCGCGACGCGUCGUUGGCUCCGGUUCCGCUGCAAGCUUUGCCUGACCCUAGCGGGUCAGCGGGCAGGUCCGUGUGGACAGACUCCCAGUUGCAGAUUUUAUUCUGGAAGUGCAACCGUCCCAAAGGUUGAAGGAGCUAACAUAACAGGGAUUGAAGAAGUGGCCAUUCCGAAAAAGAAAACUUGGGAUAAAGUGGCUGUUCUUCAAGCACUUGCGUCCACAGUGAAUAGGGACAUCACAGCUGCCCCUUACGCAUUUCAGGAUGACCCUUAUCUCAUACCAACAUCCUCUGUGGAAUCUCGUUCAUUUUUAUUGGCAAAGAAGUCUGGGGAGAAUGCAGCAAAGUUUAUUAUUAAUUCCCAUCCCAAGUAUUUUCAGAAGGACAUAGCUGAACCUCAUAUACCGUGUUUAAUGCCUGAGUACUUUGAACCUCAGAUUGAAGAUAUAAGUGAAGCAGCCUUGAGGGAAAGAAUCAAACUCAAAAAAGUCAAAGCUUCUGUGGACAUGUUUGAUCAACUUUUGCAAGCAGGAACCACCGUAUCUUUGGAAACAAGUAAUAGUCUCUUGGAUUUGUUGUGUUACUAUGGUGACAAGGAGCCCUCAUCUGAUUAUCAUUUUCAGAAAAGUGAAAAAUCAGAAGAGUUGGAGGAGGCCGCGGAGGAAAAUGAUGAGAAAUCUAAGAAGGCUGAUCAUCAGUUUGGAGUCACAUGGAGGGCAAAAAACAAUGCUGAGAGAAUCUUCGCUCUAAUGCCAGAGAAAAACUCACACUCCUACUGCACAAUGAUCCGAGGAAUGGUGAAGCACCGAGCUCCUGUGCAGGCUUUAAACUUGUACACUGAAUUAUUAAACAACAGACUCCGUGCUGAUGUGUACACCUUCAACGCAUUGAUUGAAGCAACAGCAUUGAGUGUGAAUGAGAAUAUGGAGGACAAAUGGAAUAAUAUACUGGAGUUGCUAAAACAAAUGGCUGCACAGAAGGUGAAACCAAAUCUACAGACAUUUAAUACCAUUCUGAAAUGCCUCCGGAGAUUUCAUGCAUUUGGAAGAUUGCCAGCCUUACAGACCUUUCGUGAAAUGAAAGCCAUCGGAAUAGAACCCUCGCUUGCAACAUACCACUAUAUUAUUCAGCUGUUUUAUCACCAUGAAAACCCUUCAAAAGGAUCAUCGCUCAUAAUCUAUGACAUUAUGAACGAAUUAACAGGACAGAAAUUUUCCCCAAAGGACCCAGAUGACGAUAUGUUUUUUCAGUCAGCCAUGAGAGCUUGCUCGUUUCUCAGAGAUCUAGAACUUGCUUAUCAAGUACAUGGCCUUUUAAACACUGGAGACAACUGGAAAUUCAUUGGACCAGAUCAUCGGCGUAACUUCUAUUAUUCCAGGUUCUUCAGUUUGCUUUGUCUAAUGGAACAAAUUGAUGUCACGUUGAAGUGGUACAAGGACCUAAUACCUUCAGUAUUCUUUCCCCAUUCCCAAACUUUGAUAGACCUUCUCCAAGCAUUGGAUGUGGCCAACCGGCUAGAAAUGAUUCCUCAAAUUUGGAAAGAUAGUAAAGAAUAUGGUCACAUUUCUCGCAAUGACCUGAAAGAAGAGGUUCUGAUGCUCAUGGCAAGGGAUCAGCACCCACCAGAGCUUCAGGUGGCGUUUGCUGACUGUGCUGCAGAUAUCAAAUCCACUUACGAGAGCCAGGAUGCCAGACAGAUUGCUCCUGAGUGGCCAGCCAACUGUCUGAACUAUAUAGCUGUCCUCUUUUUAAGGGCUGGCAGAACGCAGGAAGCCUGGAAAAUGCUGGGGCUUUUCAAGAAGCAUAAUAAGAUCCCUGGAAAUGAGUUGUUGAAUGAGUUUAUGGACAGUGCAAAAGCAUCCAGCAGCCCUGCCCAGGCCAUUGAGAUAGUGAAGCUUGCAAGUGCCUUCAGCUUGCCUGUUUGUGAAGGCCUCACCCAGAGAGUGAUGGCUGACUUUGCAAUCAGCCAGGAACAAAAGGAAGCCCUGGGAAACCUAACCUCACUGACCAGUGAUAGCGACAGCGACAGUGACAGCAAUGAAGGCAAAUAAAAGUGGGCGAAUCAGGAGCAGCUGUGGCCUAGCAUAGUUGUUGUACUUAAACUUGAGAACUGACAUCUCUGUUCAACUGUCUUGUGAAGAAAACAAGAAUUCAGACUUGAACUUCAAAGAACAAUAGGUAUAGCAUGGACUAUUUAAAUUCCUAAUUUGAUACUUCGUGAGCCACCCAUUCAGGGUUGACCACUUAAACAGAAGCAGCACUACCAUUUUCUGUGGACACACACAGUGAGGACAUGGCUCCUGGCUUCAGCAUAAGCUCUGUGCAUGAGCAGUGUUUGUUCAGCCGACUUCACACUGCUGUCCAGUGUGGUUUGUCUUCCCGUCGUGGACUUGGCCUUCAUGGGCUGAUGCUGUGAUGCUGGUGCUUCCUCAGUCUUCGAGCAGGUGGCUAAAGGAGGUUUGCAAUACAUACAUCUCCAUUGAUACUGGAUCAGUAGCCCAAUUUAAGGGAUAUUGUAGAGGUGAGAAAUUUGCCAUUGUUGUUUAAUCAUUUCUAAGAUGCAUAGUGUUUGGGCUGCACGUAUGGGAAAAUGAAGGCUGUAAAUGCUGUAGUUAAGGUGCACUUGUACGUAUUCCCAUUACUUUUACAUAGCCUUUGUCCCCCCUCCCCACCCCGGCCCUGGGACUUGCAUGAAAGAGCUCCAUCUCCCUUGCUUCCCCCCCUGCCGUGUGCCAGCACCUUUAGUUGUACUCAGUGUACUACAAGUGGUCUGAAGUGAGGGCCGCUGGGCGCCUGAGUGGCUCAGUCAGUGAAGCGGCUGCUUUGGCUCGGGUCAUGAUCCCGGGGUCCUGGGAUCGAGUCCCGCAUCACGUUCCCUGCUCCGCGGGAAGCCUGCUUCUCCCUCUCCCUGCUGCUGCUCCUGCCUGUGCACUCGCUUGUGCUGUCACAUAAAUAAAAUCUUUUAAAAUAUAACAAAAUAAAGUGAGGACUGCUAGUCAAGAACCUCUACUACUACUGGCAUUUCUCUUACCACUGUGAAACCUCAGUACUGGAAGUGAGCAGGAACCUGCACAGUUUACAGGAGCAUUCUUGCCCUUCACCAGGGCUUCCGCAGGCUGCUUUGCUCAUUCCUGGUCCCGGAUAUUCUGAGGGGGCCCCAUGAGUUCCUCCCAGAUGAACAGCUUCAUCCUUACCCUACCAGGGCUGCCACUGAUGGGCUACUGUUUCGUACCCUUGUCGGUUACAUGUAUCUGUUUCGGUUCUUUCUGUCCUCUCUCUAGACCUGGACCCAGCCGUAUAUUCUCAGAACCCUAAGUAUUGGUUCAUGUUUUCUCCUAGAUUGCCGGUUUAAGACUUCUAAUUAAAGGACAAAGGGGGCAGGGAAAUGACAGUAAUGAGCUAUUAAGCAUUCACGUGCAUUAUUCCCUGACAUAACGAAGCAAAUGAACAAAAGGACAGUUAAGGCUGAUUAGCCUUUGAUCUUGGUUUACAACUUCCAGGGAGAACCUGGCUUCCUGGAAGUUUCUGUUCACUCUGCUCCUUCCCAUCUUUCCUACAGAUGCCUGCUCUCUUCUUGGCCAAGUACUCACUGCAAUCCUUAUAAAUGUGGUAUACUUCUCUCCUUGUCAGGCCCCAACUGAACCCUCACCUUAGUGCUUGGUAGCUACAGAGCUGAUAGGACAAAGUCCCAUCCGGGCUGAUGUCAUGAAAAUUUAUAAUGGAUUUCAAUGUAGUUCAGUUGUUUUAACUGCUGUAGUUACUGCAAAUACCCAGGCUAGGCAAAUAACUGCUUCAAAGUUUCAGAAAAUUAACCCUAUAGGACUGGUCUCCAUUCUCUCAAGAACGAGCUCAAGAGGGGGUAGGGUCAGAGGGAGAAGCAGACUCCCUGCAAAGCAGGGAGCUCGAUGCGGGACUUGAUCCCAGG